GCCCUGCACUCCCCUCAAUCAAUUGUCUUUUCCCCCCACAGAUGCUGUCGUAUGUAGUGAAAAUUAUUAAAUAUUUCAGGUUUUUUGGGAUAUAAUCCUUGUAUUUUAGUGAAUUUGUGCACGGCGAUAAUGGAUAAGUGUGGUAUUUGCCAAAAACCAGCUAGUCAAUUAUUUGAAACAGGGCGGGAGGGUGUGUAUGCAUGCUUCAAGUGCCAGCCCCUAGUGCCUGAAGUCACCAUUGAAGACAACUCAGAGACUGCAACAGAGACAAAUAAAAUUGAAAUUGAAAUCGAAUCUCUUAAUGCAGAGGGGAGCAAUGAGUCCCACUACUGUGGUAUUUGUGACAAAACGUUCCAGAAGGCUCUUCAGUUGCAGAAUCACCUCCGCAACCAUCGCGCAGAGAGAAGAUUUGUCUGCACUUUCUGUAGUAAAGCUUUCUCUCAGUCCAACAACCUGAGAGCGCACCUUCGCAUACACACCAAUGAGAGGCCGUUCAAGUGCACUGAAUGUGGGAAAGCUUUCACCCAGGUGACGAAUUUGAACAACCACGUGCGGCUUCACACCGGCGAGCGUCCCUUCGUGUGCCCCGAGCCUGGCUGCAAUAAAGCGUAUGCACAAGUGACGAAUCUGAAUCAACACCGCAAGCGGCACCUCAACGGCCGCCCGGUGGAGAACACGUACGACUGCAACAUCUGCGGGGAGCAGUUCCAGCAGCGGAACCACAUGUACUCUCACAGACGGUCGGCGCACCCGCGCGGCGGCACGCAGCCACAGCCGCACGUGUGUUCGCUGUGCGAGGCGGCGCUGCCGAGCGAGGCGGCGCUGGUGCGUCACGUCAACCGCCACGUGCGCGACAACCAGCCCAAAACGGAGGCAGAAGCGUCGGAGGGCUCGAGUGGGGAAGGCGGCCUCAGCUGCGUGUUCUCGUCGUGCGGCGCGCGACUGGCGUCGGCGCGCGCGCACACGGAGCACCUGCUGCGCGCGCACCAGCUGCGGCUGCGGGCUGCGUGUGCGCCUCGCCGCGGACGGCCGCGCAAGAUAUCUCAAAAAUCAGAUGCAGACGUAGACCCUCUGGCGAUAUCAGAUACAGACUACGAGGUGAAAACAAUGAAAGACCGUCAAAUACAGUUCUUGCCGAAAUUGAAAGUUCAAAGUCUGUUUCAAUGAGUGACGGAGUGUUGACAAUCUUGUUGAAUCUGGAUCUAACUAAAUUUAAGCGGCUAUUCACGUUCCUGCUUUCUGUACGUCCCGCCAAAGGCGUUCACAAUGCAAGAGGAAGCAUAUAUUAGUUGUCGCUAGAUGGCGACUCAUAAGCCAUGUCUGAGACAAAAGGUGGUAUUUCAUAUAUCAAAUUAUUUGAUCAAUAUCAUUGCUAUAUAUUUCGUAAUAUUACGUGAGAUAAACAUAUAGCGAUAAUAUUAGACAAAGACAAAUGAAAUACCACUGGAAUAUCUUAUAAAGAUAUUUGACCGUGCGAUCAAAAUUGUAAAAGUAAUAUGACAUCAUUUUGAAAUGUCAUUUUCAUGUCAAACUUAAUCAACAGCAGCGGCUCAACUGAACUAGAUAUAAAUAAUAUAGUAAAUCGACAGACAUAUAUCUGUGAUCAAAGUACAAAUUAUAUCCGCGCUGGGAAUCUGAACCCAGGACCUUCAGAUAGCGGACGGACGUGGUGACCACGUGGUAAACCUACGGUGUCGAUGAAUUUACGGUUAAGGGACUUACAGGAAUAAGGUACGUGAAUUCGUUUACGUCGAGUGCAUUAUGUGUACUUAACACUAUAUCGACUAUCCAUUGCUAUAUGUAUAGAAUCAAUUGUACAGCUUAUAAUUUUGAUAACAAAGCUAACGUUUAUAUGAUAGUUGGAUGGGCGAUGUGCCGAUAUGGAAAUUUUAUUUUAAACGUGAUCUCCAAAAGUUAUUACUCGAAUUGAAUGCUCGUUUGGAUUUGCAUUUAUUUUGAAGAUUAUUAUCAUGGUACUUCCGAUACACGGCACUUAGUCCGGGAGAGUUUCUAGGGGGGACCUAUUCGAUCGAACAUCACUCUGGAAUCUAUUUUAUUAGACGUAAAUUUGAUAAAAACGGGAUACAUGUGACUGACGGCGCGUAAGUGGGUCCAACUAUAUAUUUUUAAUAUUUUUCUCCAUAGUAGUUUUAUUUGUCUUAUCAUAACUUGACUUUAAUUUAUAUGACAUAAUAUAAAGUCACUUCUAGCCAUCUAAUAGGGCAUAUUACGCAAAGCUCAGCGCAGAUGGCGCUACUGGUACAACUAAGGUACACAAACAUUGCCAAUGGAGGCAAAAAAUCGUCAAUUUUCAAUAUUGUUGCAGAUUUACGGCCAAAAAUACCUUCUACGCAAUCGAGGUGUGAGUUUAAAGGAAAAAGGAAGGAUUUAGUGGAUAAUCCUGAAAAAAAUAACACUAUUUUAGGUUAUGUCCUGCAUUAUUUGGUCAACUGUGAUCAUAAACUGAUAUAAACUUGAUUUUGACUGAAGAUCUUACCUGUAUGAAGUCCAUAUUUUAAUAAGUCUUCACGUGUGAAGUAUUCCGAGCUUCUUUUCGACUGUUUGCUGGCUCGAAAAUUUUACAGCGUGAGGCGUAUCCCAUAGUUUUAGAAGUUUUUUUUAUCUUAUGGAAAACGAUUUUUCCCAAUAUUUCGGCACCCGAAUGUGCUACAUUGUUGUAUAUUUUCACAAACGAAUGCUUACAUAAUGAAAGCAUUAAUAAAGUACUCUAAAAUAAACGUUUUAAUCGACAUAGCAAAAGGCGGCAAAGCUUUUGUGUACCUAACAUACUACUGCACAUUACUGCACAUUUAUGUAUACGUUUAUAUUUAUAAAUGUGCAGUAAUACUCCCUAUUCAUUACCAAAUUUACGUCUAAAAAAUAGAUUCCACGGUGAUGUUCGACCGAAUAAGUCCCCUCUAGAGACCCUCCCGGGUAACUGGAGUUCGACAGAAUAACAAGUAAUAUAGCGUUAUAAGUGAUAAAAAUAAGUGCAAUUUGUUGAGGUCGGCGCUUCUUUGUGUGGUUAUGUUCCAUUAGACGUUUUUUAUUUAUUUACCCUCGUGUUGUAAUUAAAAUAUGUUUUGUCACUAUAGUAUGGACAAUAUACUAAUUACAUUGAUAGAACGAGGCAUCACAUACUUUAACUUAAAGUAUGUUCUUUUUUGUGUUUCUACAUUUAAUUAAACUAAAUGUACCAAAUAUUUUCCAAGUUCAAAUGUACAACACAAAUAUUUGGUAAAUCUUUCGUAAAGCCACACAGCGAAGCGUCAGCCUUCAGUUUACUAAGAGUAAGGUUAGAAUACUUUAUCAGAAGAUAUAAAACAUAUUUGUCAAGGGCUUGAUUCAUAGAGCUGGCUUACGCCGAAGCAUUUUCCCGAUUUCUUCACAAAAAGUUGGGAUUAAACUUGGAUAAUACUGAGCGUACACCCAUUUAUGUGUUCGCAAUCGUUCAACGUUGUAGUAAGUUUAUAAGAGUGAUGAUAUGCAAUAGAUUUUAUAUACAUUUUAUUUGUACAAUGAGAUUAAUCGAUAGAUUGGUACGAUGCGAUUUUAGUGUAAGUUCUUACCUUUUUAUACUUAUAUUUUUUGGUUUCAAAUAUAAUUAUUGCAAUAAAGAGAUAUAUAUUUGGACUCCUCAGAUAUCUUUCUAAGGUAAACAGAUAGACGCACGAGCGAUUUUAUAAGGGUUCAGUUAAUCCUUUUGUAGUACAGAACCCUAAAAGUACUAAUGUUGGUAAUGAAUGGGUUCUUAUGAAUAAUCGCAUCGCACUAAAUUAAACAUAUAUGUAUAUGUUGAAACGGAAAUGCAAUAUAAUUUGUUUCAACGAGAUUAUAUCUGAAGCGAGCAAAAUUUUAAACGAUGAUACUAUAUAUAGUAUUUAGUAAAAAAGUUUAAAAAAUGUAAAAUAAGACUUUAUGGAUAGCUGAAGGAAAUUUGUGAUUUUUUUAUAUUUAUGUGCAUUUCUUUCGUUGAAAUUUAUAUGUUAGAUAAGUACCUAUAAGCUGAUACUUGUUUGUAAAUAAUAUUGGAUCGUAUGUAAAUUCAAAAGUCGCCUGCAAAAAAUAUAAUUUGAAUGCUUUUUCUUCAAUGUUCAUUUUGAACCUCGUUUCCCGCGAUUUUUAUGGAAAAUGGUCAUGCAACUUCGUUUACUAACUCUUACCCCUCGUUCACACGGGCGUAAAAACCUUACGUUUUCGCAUUUUUAUAGCGUUAGACAUAAGUGACAUUCGACUUUAAGUCAACAUUUCCGGACAAUGCAUAGCGCUCAAAAGGCGUUAAAACGCAUUGCCAUGUACACAAACCCUCCAGUAAGUUUUUAUGUUCUAUUCCAGCGCAAACAUAACGCGAGUUGAUAAUGCGCCCGUGGGAACGCCCUUAGGAAUAAAUCUCCAAUGGCACAAAAUUACUGGCUUAUUACAAUAUCAAAAUAUGUUUUACAUGUUUUUAGAUAUUUUUAAUUUUUAGCAAGUAUUUUUUAUUUACAUUUUGUUUAUAUAAAUUGUAUUUUUAAAACUACAUAUCUAACGAUAUCUUUACAUAAUACGAGCAAUAAUGAAAAGUAUAUAAGAACCACUGUAAUUUUUAUAUGUGCAAUAUUAGUAUGUGUUUUGUAUUUGAUUAAAACUGACAAAAACGGCAACAACUUUUCUAAACAUUUUUUUGUAAUUAUUCAUCUUGAAUAAUUGUUAAGAUAAAAUUAAAGAUGAUAUUGUACUUUAAAAAAAUUAAGUACAAUGCCGACUGGUAAAAUAAACGUUCUUUAAUAUGAAAUAGUACAUUGUCCACCGAGGCAAAAAAUUAGUCGAGGGCGUUAAUAACCCGAGUUGAGAAUCUUACUUUCGAUACGUGAUACAUACAUAGUCGAGGGCGUUAAUAACCCGAGUUGAGAAUCUUACUUUCGAUACGUGAUACAUAGUGCUUUAUACGACACCUACCUACAAGGACAAUGGUGGCUAUAAAAUACCUUCAACACUGUCAAAUAUCCAAAGAGCGUUAUAUUUUGAAGGAAAUUAAACUUAAUUUAUGAGAAAUUAAAAAAAUAUGAUGUGAAGUGACCGGUGAUGGAAGUCUGCAAUCAGCCAGCAACAACUAUUAGUUUUCUUUUUUUUAAGUUUUUUAAAAAGAGAAGUACGAUUCAGCGCGUGUUUUGCUCUACAGUAAUCGUCUACACAAAAAUGUGUGUUUCAAUACCCAAUGUUUUUGUUUCUAUGUACCGUGGAAAACAUAAACAUAUACACAAAGUAUAAUCCAGCGAGGCGCGCAAGGUACUGUCCACUAAGUGUGUAAAGAAACAUCAAAUUUGUUUUGUGUUUUUGUUGAAUGUUUUAAAAAAACAUUUCGCUGGGGUAACUUACUUUCUUUUCUCGAUGUACACUGUACGUACAAUGUACUAUGGUUUUUUAAUGUGAUAUUUUAUCAGUCAUGAUAAUUUAUCAGUCGUGUUUCACUUAUUUGUUUCUCUUUGUUGUACCUAGGACACAUUGUUAUAUUGUUGCGUCGAUCAUUUUCCUCCGUGGAUGCCUUUGUAGCUUGCUGUUUUCUACCUGUAGUUAAUGAUUAGACUAAGGUGCAAAUGUUCCUAUGAGUGUGUCAGAGUAUUCGUAAAUAUAAUGAUAUAUGCCGCGUGUUGUAUAGUCGACCAUUUCAAUAUUUCUAGCCUUGUUAAGUAUCAGUAUGUCGGAGAUUUUUCUAUUAACAUACACUAUCUUAACGAAAUAUACCAUUUUAAAAUUAAA